UCAAGCUUUCAAGAACAGACUGCUGUGCAAAGCUGAAUGAUGGCCACAUUGUAUGGAUUGUAAACAUUAUAAGCACUGCAAGUGGCGUGAGCAUCUGCGGACGGUAUUUUCCAAAGCUGGAGAACCUAUAUCAUCAGCCGCUGACAUCCUCUGAGUUGGGCAUAUUUGCAGUUACGGGCCCUUCAACAGAUUAUGCUGUCUGGAGUGUAGACGACAUUCAGCACAAAUGUGUGUGCCUGCCAGCUGGACCAGGCCGCUACGCUAUAUUUCCUCUCUUGCACACAUGCAAGUAAUACGUCAUGCACCACUGGAGGGCCCCUUACAUCCUCUUUUCUUUCUUUUUUUUUUGUUAAACUGUCCUGAGGCACGGGCAGUAAUUUUUGUGUUGCCGUGAUCUGAUGCGGAUCAGCGGUUGACUUUACCAGCAAAAGCACUGCCUAAGCUUUGCGACGUGCUAUGAAAAAUCAACUAGAGGGCGUUCUGUGCACAGUGUCAUGCACUGUUGUUUGACAUUUCUUUGAACUUUUCUUUGUUACUGUUUUUCAAACAAAGCAUCAUCAUCAACCCCAUGUUCCGCUGUUCUAGGAACUGCGCAGUACAGUAUCGUGUUCUAUGAGGAACGUGACGAGGUUUCUGCAAUUCCUACACUGUGGGUCACUCCACAUGGCACUGCAAUGUGGCCACCAUACAAGAAUGCUGCCAAGCUGGCAAAUGCAAUACGGAAUUGUGAAAAGCCUGUGAAACACUGGACGGAACACAAGUGUCGGGUGCUUUAUCAGUGCGAGACUUAUGAAAUGGCAAGACAAAAAGAGCGCCAGGCAGCGAUCACGUCAGACCUAGCAAGCGACAACGACAAUGACGAAAUCUGCAUCCUCAAGAGGAAGCGUCGCCGACCACAACGCUUUUUAUCUUCUGACGAAGAGAGCAUGAAUGCCGUGGAUGGAGCCGUUUCAGACGAAAUGGCAGAACCUCCUGCUGAACAGCAACUCACAGCGCAGUGUAUUCCACGCCCACGACCUCCAAAGAUACCAGGAUCUCAGCCUCGCACUUCACAAACUGCGUCGGUUCCUCGCUCACUCUCUCCCCCAAGGUCACUGUCACAAGGGCCAAGAAACCAUGAAGUGAGGGCCAGAGAAAGUCCCACGAAGUCUUCAUUAGACCACAAGACCCUCAAGGUAUUGAAGGGGAUAAAGACACAACUAGCUAUACAAGCAGGGAGUCUGAAAAGAAUUGAAACGGCACUCUCAGCACACAUUCCACCAGCAGCACCUGAGCCACCAGACAGUCAAGUGCUCGAACUGCUACCUCUAGCAUCCAGCAGCAGUCUUGAUGAGCUUGAGAAACAGCUCUAUGCACCCAAAAGCAGAUCUGAUCUUGAGUCCUACCUCUCAACUAUUGGCGGGGCUUCACCGCAAGACUGUGUGCGUCACAUCAUGCGGCGGUGCAUGGUGGACUCGUAUGCUCAAGGCUUCUGCAUGACUGGAAGGAAAGGCAAACAAGCCUUUUUGGGCUACAAGCUGUUGGACGUCGUCACUGGCGCAGUACGGAAGCAUUUCCUGGAAGAAACUGACACACAUCUGAAGACGUACGUUGCAGACUGGCUACGCUAUGCUCCAUCAAGGGUGAAGAAACGGAACAGCAGCCCUGAGGAACAAGCACCAUCUGUGUAACUGUACACAUAAAUAAAGCUUUUUUAAAAUAAAAAGCUUUGCACCAUAAUCUACCUGAGCGCCAUUAGCCUGUCAUAAUCGCAUAUCUGAGCCACCCACAAGUCCCACGGUGGAGCCAGAAUAUUUCUGAGGACCGU